AUGGCUUUUCCUACAAAGGUCGUCACCCAGCUCUACGGUUCGAUUGGCCCAGUACAUGCACUUGCAUACUCAUCCUCACCCUCAACCUACAUCCUAACAGGCUCCUCCGACCGCUCAAUCCGGCUCUACAAUCCUUCGCGCCCUUCCCCUCCACCAAUCACCAACCCCCUCGAGCCACCCAAAGCCACCCAGCUCAUCCAGACGUAUUCCGCCCACGGCUACGAAGUGCUUGACAUUACAGUCGCGCGAGACAAUGCGACGUUUGCCUCGGUGGGCGGCGACCGCAGCGUGUUUUAUUGGGAUGUAAGUACGGCGAAGACGAUACGUAGGUUUGGCGGUAAUCAGGGACAUACGGCUAGGAUUAACACCAUCACGUUUGCGGGGACGGGGGAUUGCUUGCUGGUUUCUGGGGGUUUUGAUACUAGUGUGCGGAUUUGGGAUGUCAAGUCUAAUAAUGCGAAGCCCAUUAUGUUGUUGGAUGAGGCGGGGGAUAGUAUUAGCUGUGUGCUGGCGGGUAAUGGGGAAGGCAAUGGGAAGGGUGGUGAAUACGAGGUGUUGAGUGGAAGCGUAGACGGCAGGGUGAGAACGUAUGAUGUUAGGAUGGGGAAAGUAGAAACGGAUGUCGUGGGCACCAGCGUCACUAGUCUUGCAAGGACGAGGGAUGGCAAAGGUGUACUGGUCGGGGGACUCGACUCUUCAAUACGCCUGAUGGAUAGAGAUACGGGUGGGUUACUAAAGACGUACAAGCAUGACGGCUUCAAGAAUGAUGAGUUUCGGAUGUGGAGCUGUUUUGGCGGCAAUGAACGCUGGGUUCUAUGCGGGAAUGAGGAUGUAGGCGCGGAUGGCCAGGUCGUCGUUUGGGAUACGUUAACCGGAAACGUCGAAGAAAAGAUUACGGUCGAGGGUGCCAAAGCUGAAGGCAAGAAGAAAAUCGGCCGUGACGGCAAAGUCAAGGACAGACAGAAUGUUGUCAGUUGUGUGGCUUGGAAACAGGAAGGCAGAGGUAAUCAGUGGUGUUGUGGAGGCACAGAUGGAGUUGUAACUGUUUUCGGAGUCGCUUGA